GAAGAGUCAAAAUGUCCUGAGAUACAGUCAUCUAGGCUGACUACUCGCUUGCCUAAGGGUCUGCUCCUUGGUGUCUCGGGUGAUCUUCACUAUGCAAGCCGAGCCCCGCAAGUUGAAACGAACGGCGAACGCGUGUAUUGCCUGUCGUCAGAGCAAAAUUAAAUGCUCUGGGGUCGAGCCAUGCGCCAAUUGUCAGAGACGCGCUAUUCCUUGUCGGUUUGCGGAGGAAACCCGUAGGGUUCUGAUAUCGGAACGGUGUCUCCGUGACUUGCAGACACAGGCCAAAGAGCAGCAUGAGACAACGAAGAAACGAACUCACGAUGUUGCAUUUGAGGAAGUCGAAAAUGUUCUCAAUUCAGAAUCGCGUUCUCCAGGUGCAAACUGGCCCAGUCCAUUUGGUCUGCCCUCGAUGACGAUGAGGAAUACCCACGAUAACCGAUUAUCUCGAUGGGUCUGGCUGGCUCCAACAUCUACGUGGUCUUUUACCGCUCGUCUCACUUUGAUGAUGACCCAAAGACUCCAUCCGGACGUAGCCUACGAUAUUCCCUAUUUUCUUGAUGGGGACAUCUAUCCCCUACAAUGGAAGUCAUCUUCUGAUGCUACUCCUGACAUCAGCGGUCUCCCGUCUAUGGACUAUGCUCUCUAUCUCUUCAACACAGUCAAGUUUCAUCUGGGUCAAACAUUCCGGCUCCUGGACGAAGGGGCUUUCACGACGCAUAUGCAGGAAUUCUACUACGGGGAUGCAGCCAAGAAAGCAGCUGAAAGUCGGCUAUGGUUCGUCCAAUUCUUGCUAGUGCUGUCUUUUGGGAAAGCCUUCCUUGACCAGUCUAGAAAGAGAGACCCACCAGGCGCGGGGUACUUUGUUCGUGCCAUGUCCUUGAUGCCAGAUUAUAGUUCUAUCUGGAGAGAUACUCUUCUGGCAAUCGAGGUCAUGGCCCUAGCAGCUCUGUAUCUUUACUCGAUUGAUCGACGAGAGUCAGGACACCUUUUUGCUAGUCAGGCCAUCCGCAUUGCGCAACUAGAAGGCCUACACACGGAGCUCCCGGAGGAAGAGCUAGGGGCAGCAGCUGUUGAUCGCUGCCGUAAUCUUUGGUGGACACUGUACAUUAUGGACCGCCAUUUUUCGUCAUCACUGGGAAUACCGAUGAUUGUGCAUGAUAGCGAUGUCACGGCACUGAUUGAUUCACCAACACAAUCAUGUCAGAGGAACGCCAUGCUAAGCCUGAGAGUGAGGUUAUCGCGGUUAUUGUCCACAAUCCUUGGCACCGUAUACAGGACUGAGAGGCGGCCCAUCGAAUCAUUCAUUGAGAAAACCAAAACUAUUUUAAAUACUAUGGCAGAUCUAGCUAAGGAGUUGGAAGACUUUAUCAAUACCAAGUUCGCGGGCCCGGUUAACUCCAUGUCAAAGGGGAUGCGCCAUAUCCUCCUAUUGUAUCACGAGUGUGUCAUCGUUGCCACACGACCCCUCCUCCUAGCCAUUCUACGAGAGCGUCUGGACAAACUCGGCCUCCCUUUAGAAUGCUGUCGACGGAUCGUCCCUCUCAUGGAAACACUGAUGUCAACGGGGAUCAACUCAGCGACCAAAAGCCUUCAGUUACUUAAAGCUCUAGUAGAUGAAGGCCUCCUUGAAUCUUUCUUACCCUUCGACCUCGAAUUUACCUACGGCGCCGCUAUCCACCUCACAAUGGCCGGUGCCCUUGUACCUGAAUUAGUCGGACAGCGCAGCUCCAACCAACAAGCACAUCUGAUCCUCGAUGAAAUCAUUAGCAAGGGGAACCGCGUAGCAGAAAUUCGCAAAGCCGACCUGACUCGUCUUGAAACCUUGUUCGAGGGACUAAAAGAGCGGUAUGCGCACGCGGCGAACCACAUCAGUACCGAUUUAGUUCCAGAGACAAGUGGUGAUGCACAUGGGCAUAAUCAUAGAUCAAGUGACGAGGCCCAAUUACCAUGCAUUACUGGGGACAUCAAUGUUGUAGAGGAUGAGCUGCCUGAGCUGGGAUUAACGUCAUACGAUAUCGCGGCUAUCGUGGAUCAGAUUGAUUAUACUGCUAGCCCGUCAUUCUGGCUAGCUCAGGAAAGGGAGGAGUUGUGAUGCGUGGCAAUGAGUUGCGUAUAUAAAGCUCCAAGCGUGAGUGGAGCUUAUACCUGCAUAUAGGGCGCUGUUGAUAGCGUUGUGAGGAGUAGCAAAGCAUCAUGCGCUGCAACUGAAUAUACAAGCUCCAUAUAGUUACCAUACUACUUUCAAUACAUACCUACUAAAGAAUGAUAGCCAUGCCUCCGAGCUACAC